UGGUUUUUUGGAAGCUACUUGUGAAACUAAUACUCGUUACUCCGUCUCCGGUGGAUUUCGUCAUAACAUCAGCUCAGUGAAAAUUCAAGUUACAUUGGAAGAAUAACAGAAAAAGUUUUAAUGCUUAGCGAAAAGUGCAAGUGAAGUCAGAGUUCCAUGAAUUGGUUGAAUGAUAGCCUUAUGUUACCGUUCCGUAUUAUUUGUAUCACCCUAGCAAGUGAACUAGCAUACGUAAUAAUUAGAUUGUCUCGCAAAUCUUAUGUGAUUCACGUUAUUCUCUCUCGUGACAGAAGAAUCGGAAUGCGAAGUGUACUACAGACGGCUUUAUAGAAUCUAUGUGAUUUCAUCUAAAUGACUGGCUAACGAUACAAACACAGUGUAAGAACACAGCAUAGCAGAUAAAGACAGUGCAUACGAUAGCCAAGAGGAAAAGUUUCUUGUUGUUGGUUUGCUGUUCACGUGUUCACCCGUGUCAACCUACCUAAAAAGUUUAUUGUAUACGCCUGUAGCUCCGAGCGUUCACAGUUCAAUCAACGCGAUAGCAAAAUAACAAUGCCGUGCUAUAUUCUAAUUGUGAUCUAAAUGUGUAAAUCUCAGAAAUGUUACAUUUAUCGUACAAACUAAAGUCAGUUGCUCCUGCCAGCACUUUGCCUAUUUAAAGUCAGAGCAAUAGCUCUUUGUGGCAGGUGACGCAAUUAUAAACGAAUUAAAGAUGUAAACACCGUCGUUCAGCUUCAUCAACAUGGCGAUGCUUGUCUGCAUCAAAUCUUUCUAAAUAUAUUAUAGUGCCUGUACAACACACUAAGUGAGAUUUCUUUGUCUUGUUUACGUUCCUAAUUACUUCUCAUAAUUUGUUAAUAUAUUAAUAUACUUAUAUAUGUAUUUCUAUUUAUAAUUGGUUCGGCUGUACUGAAGAUCUAUUCUUAUAUCUUGACUUAAAUAUGCCAAGUGCUGCUAGAAGCAACUGACCUCAGUAUGAAGUGCGAUUUGUUUUUAUUAAACUUCAAUCAAGUCUUUGAAUCAGUGUGCACAGAAGAUUUGCUCUUAUAGUUACAGCAAGAGACGAAUGUAGAUUAAUCUGUUUAAGUCUUUAUGAUUCAUUAGCAAGGAUAGUUAAAGGAUCAAACAGUGAUAAAGCAUGCUAAGUAUGUUUCACUGUUUCGAGGAUCGCUUUGGAAGCAACGUUUCGAAGACAUAAAUACAACAACGAAUACCAAGCGCUUCUCGAAUAGCUUCGACCAUAAUCAACGUUGCAAAACGAGUAUCAGUGAAGAAUUUUUGCACGUUCCAAGGACGCUUUAACAACAGACGGGGAAGCAACAGGCUACUACACACUAUGGCGAAAAAGACGUACGAUCUGCUAUUCAAGCUGCUCCUAAUCGGCGACUCCGGUGUCGGUAAAACCUGCAUAUUGUUUCGUUUCUCCGACGAUGCUUUCACCUCAACCUUCAUUUCAACCAUUGGUAUCGACUUUAAAAUAAAAACAAUUGAAUUGCGGGGAAAAAAGAUAAAGCUACAAAUAUGGGAUACUGCAGGACAGGAACGUUUUCAUACAAUCACAACUUCGUACUAUCGUGGAGCGAUGGGUAUUAUGCUAGUUUAUGACAUAACGAACGAGAAGAGCUUCGACAACAUUGUAAAAUGGCUACGAAACAUAGACGAGCAUGCUAACGAAGAUGUGGAAAAGAUGAUUCUUGGUAAUAAAUGUGACAUGUCGGAUAAACGUACAGUGCGCAAGGAACGUGGUGAAAAUAUUGCACGAGAGCACGAUAUACGUUUUAUGGAAACAUCAGCAAAGGCGAACACUAAUAUCGAGCGGGCAUUUCGUGAGUUGGCCGAAGCUAUUCUGGAUAAGACCGCUGGGAAGGAAACAACCGACAACCCGGAUCGUGUGAUCGUGAAUCGGGGUACGGGCGAACGACCACCAGCCUAUAAGUCAUGUUGUGCGUAGUGUACUCGAUUAUCACAAACACCCAGUUUUAGUAAUACCUACAGAAUUUUAAACCAAUAAUGGCAAAUUGAACCCAAAUUGUUGUGUUCUUGUUUUUUCUCUUCACUAAUACAAUCACGAAAUGACGCCUAGAGAUGCUGCCACGACUUGGAUCCUACUUAUUAUGCUUACCGAGAAUAACACGCCACAAUAAAUAUUCCGUCGGAAAACAAAAAACAAGAAGUAAAACUUGUUUUGAUGUGCUGGAAAUAUGAACAUAAAGUUCUCUGUACUUUAAAAAUGCAUUUUCCUCACCAGACCCUUAAAAAGAAUACUAGUAAUUAAUUACAGAUAAUAUUUUAGAGUUUAGCAUGUACAUAUAACCGCAUCAAUGCAGGGUGCAAUAACGAUUGUGAAAUGAACCAACCCAACCUAACUUUAGAGCAAUCCAGCACGUGUACAACAUACAAAAUCUAAUGUUUUCGUUGUACCACAAAUUCAAAUAGUUUUCUCAAAAAAUAAACAAAUGCUCUUUGCCAUUCUUUGUUUAAAGUUCUUUAGUAGUACACAAGAAGCACCAAUAACCUCGCUUAGUCUUAGCGGGUGUCGCUAUCGUCUAAUCGUACCUUUGUUUUAACGUUGAUCAGCAAGAAAGUGUGCACAUUUCGCGGGAAUGCCAUCGUUAAGCGUGACAUUAUAUUGAAUCUGUGUUAACAUAUACGAAUAGGGAGAUCGGUAGACUUAAGAGGUAGGAAUAUGUUAUGUUUAAAAGAUUAAUUUUAUUUUCCACAGUUUUUGUUCAACAUGAUUAUGUUUCAUUGA